CAAGUCGCAUGCGUUCUCUGCUCCUCUGCUCUGACGGACAGUUCAAGUUCAAAAACAGAAUUUUUCGGAUGUGCUCUGCGAUUUGCUAGCGUUGACGCCAAUAUCCGGCGAUAGCGUUUCAAGUGUUUUUGGCCCGCAAAAAAAGAAUUCAAUAAAUUCAUUUAAAUUCUUCCCGUGUGUGUUGUUGUGCUGUGCCAUUGCGGGUGUAAACAAAAUUUGGCCCAAGUGUGCGGUGUGUGUGGCAUGUGCUCAUCCUGUUUAAGUGGCAUCCUAAAUGUGAUGCCUGGAAUCGCUUGAAAACACGGAAAACACUUUAACGCAAAUCUGAAACCAAAUUGAAUGCAAAAAUGCAGCAGGCAACGAGCCGUGAAGGAAUCAAAUUAAUCAUGUUGGCUUAAACAAUUUCCGUUUUGUUGGCCAAGAAACAGCAUUAAACGAGACUAAAUCGAGCAGAGUCAGCAGUGCCAUCUACCGUUGGUAGAACUUUCCCCCUCAGAUGAUAACCAACUUGGUGAGCAUGGAAACGGACUUAGACAUGGACAUUGGUUUGGAAAUUUCGGGGGAUAACCCGCCCUUACCCACACCGUUCAACGUCACUCCGGCUCUAUGGGAUCUAGCCAUGAUGGCCACGUCUACACAGUGGCCCCUCCUGGACUCCGGAUCCACUGAGAACUUCAGUGAACUCACUGUCACCGAGACACCCUACGUGCCCUAUGGACGACGACCGGAAACCUACAUCGUGCCCAUCCUCUUUGCCCUGAUCUUCGUGGUCGGCGUCCUGGGCAAUGGCACCCUGAUUGUGGUCUUCCUCAGUGUGCGACAGAUGCGGAAUGUUCCAAACACCUAUAUUUUAUCACUGGCCCUGGCAGAUCUACUGGUUAUCAUAACCACAGUGCCCCUGGCCUCCACGGUUUACACUGUCGAGUACUGGCCAUAUGGCAGUUUCCUCUGCAGUCUUUCGGAGUUUAUGAAGGAUGUUUCCAUUGGGGUUUCCGUUUUUACACUAACUGCUUUAUCGGGGGAUCGCUAUUUUGCUAUUGUGGAUCCUCUGAGGAAGUUUCAUGCUCAUGGAGGUGGUCGCCGGGCCACCAGGAUGACCCUGGCCACAGCGGUUUCCAUUUGGCUGCUGGCCAUUCUCUGCGGAUUGCCAGCCUUAAUUGGUAGUAACCUGAAGCAUCUUGGGAUUAACGAGAAGUCGAUUGUCAUCUGCUAUCCGUAUCCGGAGGAGUGGGGCAUCAACUACGCCAAGUCCAUGGUUCUGCUGCACUUCCUGGUCUACUAUGCCAUUCCCCUGGUGAUCAUCGCCGUGUUCUACGUGCUCAUUGCCCUCCAUUUGAUGUAUUCGGCCAGUGUGCCAGGUGAAAUUCAGGGAGCCGUUCGACAGGUUCGAGCCCGACGCAAGGUGGCCGUUACUGUCCUGGCCUUCGUUGUCAUCUUUGGCAUUUGCUUUCUGCCCUAUCACGUAUUCUUCCUCUGGUUCUAUUUCUGGCCCACCGCCCAGGAUGAUUACAAUGCCUUCUGGCAUGUACUGCGCAUCGUGGCCUACUGCAUGUCCUUUGCCAAUAGCUGCGCGAAUCCCGUGGCUUUGUACUUCGUCAGCGGCGCCUUUCGCAAGCAUUUCAAUAGAUAUCUGUUCUGCCGCGGAGCAAGUGGACGGCGCAAGAAGCGCGGCCAGCACGACACCUUCUGCAUGCACAGGGACACCUCGUUGACCAGCACCGCCUCGAAACGCUACCAGUCCCGCCACUCCUGCUACCAGAGCACCAUCCGCAGCUGUCGCCUGCAGGAGACAACGAUAACUACGCUGCCGAAUGGCGGGGGGAACCAGAAUGGAGCCCCCAUUUCCGCCGUGGAUUUGGCAAUGCCCGUGGGCCAGGUGCCUGGUAACAAUGAAGCACCACAGGGCUAUGGGUUUUUGCCGCUCAACGAACUUGGCCAACAGAACCGCUCGCACCCACCAAAGUUCCAGGAGUCGCUAUUGAACUGAAGUUCUAAGAUGAAAAGGAUUUAAACGGAGUUUACAGGAAUUCAAGCAGACCUUUGCCAUUGUAUCCUUAGCACUCUUUGAAAAUCAAAAGUUAAAGUACUUUAAGGGUAAAAUUUUAUAUGAUUUAAACUUAAAUGUAAUUUAAAUACAAUUUUUAGUAGAUUAUUAAGAAAUACAGUAAAUUAAAGAAGAAGUUUUCACUUUCUUGUUGAUGGUUUAAAUUGUAAUUUAAUUUGUAACAGAUUGUUAAAACCAAAAACUUUGUUAAGUUUUUGCUUGGAAGUUGCCUUAAGUUUUCCAUAGCAUACUUUUCAGCAGACGUACCUAUAAAAAAUGUUAAAUAGGCAAAAUAUUCCCUCAUUUUGUUGCUAGAAAUCUAAACUUAACUAUUUUAUAAAAAUUAAAAAUACGUGACUAUUUCCAAUACAAAAAAGGUUUUCCAUAAAACAGCAGUUAAAAAUGUUUAAAACUUUGCCAUCGAAACAAAGUUACUAACUAACUUCCUAAACUGUAAAUAUACCAACCAAUUUUGAUGUCUUUUAUCUGUGUCAAAGUCAUAGAGAUUAAGCUUAUGAACUAAAGUAUUGCAGCCGUGGCACGGCUCUAAGCUAAACAAACACUUUACGUAUAAAUUAUUUUAAAUGAUUAAGUUAGCUAAAGCGUAUUGAGUGCUCUUAAAUGGAGACCCUAAUCCACAGGAACUUUGUAAAUACAUUUUUAUGUGCCAGCAU